AUGGUUUCCACCCGCUUCGUUACCCUCCUGACGGCCGCGGCCGCCGCUGUCAGCGCCGCCCCGGUUGCACCCGCCGAUGUCCCCGCCGAGGUCACCGCGCUGCCCUCCAACAUCACUGAGGAGGCCGACCGCAGCCUUCGCAACGGCGAGCUUGUCGUCUUCGGAGCCUCGGGUCGCACCCACGUCGUCACCGAGGACACCUGGAACCUGCUCCUCAAGACCAUGAACAUCUUGCCUGAGCCUCCUGCCAUCGACGAGGAGUGGCUCAACUUCAAGCCCACUGAGGUGGACGAGGUCUCCCACAACACCACCACCGAGCUCAACAAGCGCGACUGCAGCGGCGACAUUCAGAUGAUCAUCGACAAUAACCAGCGCUUCGUCGACUGGGACGUGCAGAUGUCCCCCGUUGUCAUCGGCGCCGGCAGCAAGGGUAUUGACAUCACCAUCGCCAAGUACUGGUCCGUCUCCAACAGCAUCGCCGUCAGCGCCGGCCUUGACUUCGGCUUGGUCAAGGACCGUCUCAAGUCCACCCUCGGCAUCAACUACAGCAAGACCUGGACCACCCAGCAGGGCUACCUCAUCCGUGGAACCGUCGACGACGGCUACACUGGCGUUGUCGUCAGCCGUCCUUGGACCAACCGCCGCUACGGACGCACCUACCAGGGAUGCCCCGGCAACCUCCGCCAGACUGGUACCUUCAUGGCUGACUCCCACGAGGAAGGCUCCUACGAGGGUGUCUCUUGGGUUGGCGGUGCUAUCACUGCUUGCCUCAAGGCACAGAGGAGCAUUCCUCUGACCCGCUGCCAGGGAUCCGGCGAGUUCCGUUAA